GACGCGUCUAAGUCUUGCUAAUUUCUGCGUUUGCUCAACUUAAGCAGCAGUCCUGGCGAUGGUCUCACUCGCUCAACUACGACCAUCAGUGCUCAACGCUGCACGACAAUCUCUUCAUCGUGCUCGCCUGCACGAAAAUGCAGUUUUCUCAAGAUCUGCCACCUUCGGGACCAGUCUCGCCGAUGACAUGUGGGGAGGUGAAGACUCGGCUGCUCCUCCACUAGACAAACCUCCAAUGGGCCCAAAUACAUACUACAACCCUUUAACUGCAACAAUGAGGGAACCAAAGAAGGACAUCGCGGAGCGUACAAAGCCUUACCACCUCCACGUAUACACUACACACAACAAUUGCCGCGUCGUUUUCACCUAUCCGUCCGGCAAGCUUGUCAAGAAUGGAUGGUGGACAAGUGGAUCAUGUGGUUUCAAGGGUGCGAAUAAAAGCAGCUAUGAAGCAGGGUAUCAAUGUGCUGUGCGCGCUUUCAAGCGCGUCGAGGAGGAAAUAACUCGUCCGAACUUCAAGGAUGGUGGUGUGUCGCCCGUCACGCUUGCGCUGAAGUUUAAAGGGUUCGGGUGGGGGAGGGAAGCCGUACAGAAGGCGUUCAUGACUUCUGAGGGAGAUAAUAUUCGGUCGUCGGUGGUGAUAGUUGAGGACAGGACACCUAUAAAGAUUGGAGGGACGAGGGCAAAGAAAGCAAGACGACUAUAGUAUUGUGCGCUGUUUCCGGUUGGUAUUGUGAUGCAUCUUCUAAAUUAAUGAUAGUUAUUCGCGGCACGCACUCUCAA